CUCUUUCCAAAAUCAAAAUCCAAACCCGACCCGUUUUCUAAAUUCUCUAACCGCUCCGAUAUCAUGGCCGCCGAAACCGCCGUCGUCAAGGCCAAGAAGGCCCGCGCUCCGCCAGCUCACCCUCCCUUCGUCGAGAUGAUCACGGAGGCGAUUGUGGCCCUGAAGGAGAGGACUGGUUCGAGCCAGUACGCCAUCACCAAAUUCGUGGAGGAGAAGCACAAGCAGUUGCCUCAGAGCUUCAAGAAGCUUCUGCUCCUCAACCUCAAGAAGCUGGUCGCCGCCGGCAAGCUCGUCAAGGUCAAAGCCUCCUUCAAGCUCCCUCCUCGCUCCUCAUCCGCCGCCGCUGCUGCUCCGGCGAAGGAGAAGACCAAGCCGGAAGCCACUACCAAGCCUAAGAAAUCCGCCGCCAAGACCAAGACUACUACUGCUGCUGCUAAACCCAAGGCCAAGGCGAAAACUGCUGCUCCGAAGCCCAGGGCGGUGGCGAAACCGAAGGCGGCCAAGGCUGUGGUGAAGAAGCCCAAGGCUAAGGCGGUGGCUAAGCCGGCUUCGAAGGCGGCGAAAACAUCGUCGAGGACUUCGCCGGGGAAGAAGGUGGAGGUGAAAGCUAAGGUGGUGAAGAAGCCGGCGGCGAGUAAGGUUGUGAAGAAACCGAAGAGUGUCAAGUCUCCGGCGAAGAAGAAGGUUCAGCCAAAGAGGGGCAAGAAGUGAGAGAGGGCAUUUCAGGGUGGUAUUAUUGUGUAAAUUUGGUUAAGGUCUGAGGGUAGUUUCGGAAUGAAGUUUGUCACAAAAGUUUGUAGGAGGAUUUUCUCGGUUGGUAUUUGUUGACUUGUAAUGGAAUUCUAUAUUAGUUUCA